AAAGAGGGAGUAAAUGAGAGGCAGCUGUUAAUGGCAUUUUUCCAAGGCAGUUUUUAGAGCCAUCUGUCGACGAAACAGUGCUUGACGGCCAUGGAGGGCGGUCAAAUAUAAAUCAGGAUUGCGUGCUCACCUAAUAUAAUUUCCUCGGAUGGAAAUUGUUUUGUAAUAGGAAAGUAGAAGAAUAAUUUACGGAGAAUUUAAAAGUUAGAAAGCAAUGCGGCAUUUCAUUUUUGUACAAACGAAGUUUACAAUGACAAAGCACGCUUCAAAUUUCCAAACAGAAAUUUGUUCUGUUUUCUUGGGGUUUUGCAUAUGAUUUUGGGGAUCACAGAGCCAUACUUGCAAACUUAAUUCCGACCGUUAUAAGCUUUUAACUCAAUUGAAGUUGUCACAGUCAGCGCUUUUUCUUUCUAUCGGAGAAAGCAUCGGGACUCAAAUUCAUAAUCAAUGGAAUACCAAGGGCCAAACCAGAGGCCUAAUGGAAACAUAGGCAAUUUAGGCAUGCCGAAUUUUAAGGCUUUUAAUUGGACUCCUGAAUCUGCAUACAACCUAAAUGAAGCAAUGCAGAAGAUGUCCAUACAACCGACGGAUUCUGGUAAUGGGUUAGAAAUCUCUUCAGGUCCUUACCCAGAACGUCCAGGUGUGGCUGAUUGUACAUUUUAUAUCCGCACAGGCAGUUGCAAGUUUGGUAUGAAUUGCCACUUCAACCAUCCUCCGAAUAGGAAACAGGCUUCUCAAACUGGAGACCCACCUAACAAGGUUGGACAAACUGAAUGCCAGUUCUAUUUAAAGGGAACUUGCAAGUAUGGUGCACUGUGCAAAUAUGGUCAUUCAAAUCAGAAGGAAGGAUCUGGAGGGGAGCCAAAAUUUAACUACUUGGGGCUUCCUAUUCGUCAGGGAGAAAAGGAAUGUCCAUUUUAUAUGCGCACGGGAUCUUGCAAGUAUGCUGUUACUUGCAAAUACCAUCAUCCAGAACCAGGAUCAGAAGCAACAACAUCUGUAUCCAAUUCUCCUACAAGGGAUAAUUUAACAUCAUCAGAAACCUCAUAUGGUUCUGUAAAUCCAUCGCGGCCGUUGCCACGAGCUCCCUAUUCUCCUUUGCCACGAGCUCCCUAUGCUCCAAGUAUUCAUCCGGAGGAAUAUGGAUCUUACAUGCAUCCCAUGUAUCCAUCUCAGGAAGUCUCAUCACCAGUGCCUGGAUGGAGCAACAACUAUCAAGCACCUGUAAGUGGAUUUUCAUCUUUGGAAGGAAAACAACGCCCUAUUGGAAUACUGAAUAUGCAAAGAAAUGGUCAAUCUUUAAGUGGUACACAUGUUAACGAUUCUAGAUCUUUAUCUUCUUCAGCUGUCAGGCCUUUUGGAUUGCAAUCUACAAGGACUGACUCACACAGCGAUAUAUUUCCUGAAAGACCCAGCCAGCAAGAAUGCCAACACUUCCUAAAAACAGGGACCUGUAAAUUUGGUGCAGCUUGCAAAUUUCAUCAUCCAAAGAGAACUGAACUAUCUGGUCCAAAAAGUUUGUUGCCAUCUUCAGAAAACAAACAACACUCCAUUGGAAUUGAUUUUGAGAACAAUGUUAAACAAUUGAAUGAUCAAGCUACAAGCACUCAAGGAUCUGUUUACUCAGUGUCUAAACCAAUGCCUUUUGCAUCCAUGGUCCCUGCAGUACAAUUACAAGCUACCAUUCAGAACUGCAGAUUCCCCGAAAGGCCUGGUCAGCCUGAAUGUCAGUAUUACUUGAAAACAGGUGAUUGCAGAUUUGGCGAUGGUUGUCUAUAUCACCACCCUAAGGAAAGAUUCGAACAAUCGACUGAAAGCAUGCUUAACCCAACAAGUCUCCCAGUGAAUUAUGUUCAUGCCAGUCCAUUCUCUUUGAAAGAAGAGAUGCAAGAUAAAAGCGCAACAAACAUUGCAAAUGCUAUGAAGCACCCUAAUAAGCAACAUAUAUAUUAUGCAACUAUGGAUGGAACUGUAGCACUGGAUCCAGAAUUUGCCAUGCAGAAAGAGAUAUAUGCAGAAAGGCCUGGGCAGCCAGAAUGUCAACAUUACAAGAAAACAGGGGUUUGUAAAUUUGGUGCAGCUUGUAGAUAUCACCAUCCUAAGGAGGGCAGUGAGAAAUUUUCUACAAGGUAAAGCCUGCACACGCAUUUUACAGUGAGUAUGGUGUCCACAAAUUUGGACUGAUGUGCAAAUUUGACCAUCCACUGAUGGUCCCUAGUAGCAAUCCAUGAGUUCAUUCGAAUGCUGAACUGCCCAACGAUCAACUUUCUGAAGACAUUUCAGAAACAUAUGGAUGAUUUCUGUUCCUUCGGAAACAUGGCAAAGGUUGAAUUAUGUGACAUUAACUUCAAAAAUCACCAGAAGUUGUUGGCUCUUUUGGCCCAGAUUUGAGACUCAAGUGGUAAAAGCAUUGUUAUAUAUAGUGGUGUUGCUUGUUCGAACUUAUCAGAAUUCUAUAUGGAAAGCUAUACUCAGCUACAAAACAUUUUCAGUUAUGUUAAUGUUGCACAUAAUGCUUAUGUAUUGCAGAGUAUUAAUGUUCCUAAUGAGAAACAACUUAACUGAUCCUGACUACAAAUAAGGUUCCAGCCUGUAAUUAGUGCUCAAAUCUGUCCAUCACUUUCCUUAUAUUUCCAAUCUUCCGGAAGUAUACAACACAUUUUGUGUUUUGACAAAUUCCAACUUUACUACCUCAGUUAUUAAAUCAGGAACAAGGUUUAGCACAUUAACGUUGGUUGCAGGUGGUAAUUAGGGUGUUUGUUUCCAUUUUUUACCAAACAAGGUGACUGAUGAUCUAUAGAAAGCUGAUUAGCUGAUC